CCCGCCCCGCACGGCCAGGCGUAGAGGAGCCGGCCGUGCGGUGUGUGUGUAUGUGUUCGCGGGGCCCGGUCUCAGCCCCGGGAAGAUGGUGGCGGUGGCGGCGGCGACUGAGGCGAGGCUGAGGAGAAGGACGGCAGCGACGACAGCGCCCGCGGGCAGAAACGGCGCGCGGCUCCGCGACUUUGACGCGAGCAGGGCUGAGAGGCCGGGGCUGGGGGCCGGGCUGCGCCUCCCGCGGCUGCUGCUGCUGCUGCUCCCGCCUCUGCUGCUGCUGCCCUGGGCUGCUGAGGCCGCGGCGGCAGCGGCGGCGGUGUCGGGCUCAGCCGCAGCCGAGGCCAAGGAAUGUGACCGGCCCUGUGUCAACGGCGGCCGCUGCAACCCUGGCACCGGCCAGUGCGUCUGUCCCUCCGGCUGGGUGGGCGAGCAAUGCCAGCACUGCGGGGGCCGCUUCAGACUAACUGGAUCUUCUGGGUUUGUAACAGAUGGACCUGGAAAUUAUAAAUAUAAAACGAAGUGCACAUGGCUCAUUGAAGGACAGCCAAAUAGGAUAAUGAGACUUCGUUUUAGUCAUUUUGCUACAGAGUGUAGUUGGGACCAUUUAUAUGUUUAUGAUGGGGACUCAAUUUAUGCACCACUCAUUGCUGCCUUUAGCGGCCUCAUCGUUCCCGAGAGAGAUGGCAACGAGACUGUCCCCGAGGUUGUUGCCACAUCAGGUUAUGCCCUGCUGCAUUUUUUUAGUGAUGCUGCUUAUAAUUUGACUGGAUUUAAUAUAACUUACAAUUUUGACAUGUGUCCGAAUAAUUGCUCAGGCCGCGGAGAAUGUAAGAUCAGUAAUGGCAGCAACACUGUGCAAUGUGAAUGUUCUGAAAACUGGAAAGGUGAAGCAUGUGACAUUCCUCACUGUGUCAAUAACUGUGGUUCUCCUCAUCGAGGCAUCUGCAAUUCAAGUGAUGUUAGAGGAUGUGCCUGCUUUUCAGAGUGGCAGGGUCCUGGAUGUUCAAUUCCUGUGCCAGCUAACCAGUCAUUUUGGACUCAAGAGGAAUAUUUUAACCUAAAGCUCCCCAGAGCCUCUCACAAAGCUGUGGUCAAUGGAAAUAUAAUGUGGGUUGUUGGAGGAUAUAUGUUCAACCACUCAGAUUUCAGCAUGGUUCUAGCGUAUGACCUUGCUUCUAGGGAGUGGCUUGCACUGAAUCGUUCUGUGAACAAUGUGGUUGUUAGAUAUGGUCAUUCUUUAGCAUUAUACAAGGAUAAAAUUUACAUGUAUGGAGGAAAAAUUGAUUCAACAGGGAAUGUGACCAAUGAAUUGAGAGUGUUUCACAUUCAUAAUGAAUCAUGGGUAUUGUUGACACCUAAAGCAAAGGAGCAGUAUGCAGUGGUUGGGCACUCGGCACACAUUGUCACUUUGAAAACUGGACGAGUGGUCAUGCUGGUCAUCUUUGGUCACUGCCCUCUUUAUGGAUAUAUAAGUAAUGUACAGGAAUAUGACUUGAAUAAGAACACGUGGAGUAUAUUACAUACCCAGGGCGCCCUUGUCCAAGGGGGCUAUGGCCACAGCAGUGUCUAUGACGAAGGGACCAGGGCCCUGUAUGUUCAUGGAGGUUACAAGGCUUUCAGUGCCAAUAAAUACCGGCUCGCAGAUGAUCUCUACAGAUACGACGUGGACACACACAUGUGGACCAUUCUUAAGGACAGCCGAUUUUUCCGUUACUUGCACACAGCUGUGAUAGUGAGUGGAACCAUGCUGGUGUUUGGGGGAAACACACACAAUGACACAUCCAUGAGCCAUGGUGCCAAAUGCUUUUCUUCAGAUUUCAUGGCUUAUGACAUUGCUUGUGAUCGCUGGUCAGUACUUCCCAGACCUGAUCUCCACCAUGACGUCAACAGGUUUGGCCAUUCAGCAGUCUUAUACAACAGCUCCAUGUAUGUAUUUGGUGGUUUCAAUAGCCUCCUCCUCAGUGACGUCCUGGUCUUCACCUCGGAACAGUGCGAAGCACAUCGGAGUGAAGCUGCUUGUGUAGCAGCAGGACCUGGCAUCCGGUGUGUGUGGGACACUGACUCAUCUCAGUGUGUCUCCUGGGAGUUGGCAACUGAAGCACAAGAAGAAAAAAUAAAGUCAGAAUGUUUUGCCAAAAGAACUCUUGACCAUGACAGGUGUGACCAGCACACGGAUUGUUACAGCUGCACAGCCAACACCAACGACUGCCACUGGUGCAACGACCACUGUGUCCCUAGGAACCACAGCUGCACGGAAGGCCAGAUCUCCAUUUCCAGGUAUGAGAACUGCCCCAAGGAUAACCCCAUGUACUACUGUAACAAGAAAACCAGUUGCAGGAGCUGUGCCCUGGACCAGAACUGCCAGUGGGAGCCCCGGAAUCAGGAGUGCAUCGCCCUUCCUGAAAAUAUCUGUGGCAUUGGCUGGCAUUUGGUUGUAAAUUCGUGUUUGAAAAUUACUACUGCAAGGGAGAAUUAUGACAACGCGAAAUUGUCCUGUAGGAACCACAAUGCCUUUUUGGCUUCUCUUACAUCCCAGAAGAAGGUGGAAUUUGUCCUUAAGCAGCUGCGAAUAAUGCAGUCAUCGCAGAGCAUGUCCAAGCUGACCUUGACCCCGUGGGUUGGCCUUCGGAAGAUCAAUGUGUCCUACUGGUGCUGGGAAGAUAUGUCCCCAUUCACAAAUACUUUGCUACAGUGGAUGCCAUCAGAGCCUAGUGAUGCUGGAUUCUGUGGAAUCUUGUCAGAACCCAGUACUCGGGGCUUGAAGGCUGCAACCUGCAUCAACCCACUCAAUGGUAGUGUCUGUGAAAGGCCUGCGAACCACAGCGCCAAGCAGUGCCGGACGCCGUGUGCCUUGCGGACGGCGUGUGGAGAGUGCACGAGUGGCAGCUCCGAGUGCAUGUGGUGCAGCAACAUGAAGCAGUGCGUGGACUCCAAUGCCUACGUCGCCUCUUUCCCCUUUGGCCAGUGUAUGGAGUGGUAUACCAUGAGCAGCUGCCCCCCUGAAAAUUGUUCAGGCUACUGUACCUGUAGUCAUUGCUUGGAGCAACCAGGCUGCGGCUGGUGUACUGAUCCCAGCAAUACUGGCAAAGGGAAAUGCAUAGAGGGCUCCUAUAAAGGACCAGUGAAGAUGCCUUCUCAGGCCCCUACAGGAAAUUUCUACCCGCAGCCCCUUCUCAAUUCCAGUAUGUGCCUGGAGGACAGCAGAUACAACUGGUCUUUCAUUCAUUGUCCAGCUUGCCAGUGCAAUGGCCACAGCAAAUGCAUUAAUCAGAGUAUCUGUGAGAAGUGUGAGAACCUGACCACGGGCAAGCACUGCGAGACCUGCAUAUCUGGCUUCUAUGGUGAUCCCACCAACGGGGGGAAAUGUCAGCCAUGCAAGUGCAAUGGGCACGCAUCCCUGUGCAACACCAACACGGGCAAGUGCUUCUGCACCACCAAGGGCGUCAAGGGGGACGAGUGCCAGCUAUGUGAGGUAGAAAAUCGAUACCAGGGAAACCCUCUCAAAGGAACAUGUUACUAUACUCUUCUUAUUGACUAUCAGUUCACCUUUAGCCUAUCCCAGGAGGAUGACCGCUAUUACACAGCCAUCAAUUUUGUGGCUACACCUGAUGAACAAAACAGGGAUUUGGAUAUGUUCAUCAAUGCCUCCAAAAACUUCAACCUCAACAUCACCUGGGCUGCCAGCUUCUCAGCUGGAACCCAGGCUGGAGAAGAGAUGCCUGUUGUUUCAAAAACCAACAUUAAGGAGUACAAAGAUACCUUCUCUAAUGAGAAGUUUGAUUUUCGCAACCACCCAAACAUCACUUUCUUUGUUUAUGUCAGUAAUUUCACUUGGCCCAUCAAAAUUCAGAUUGCCUUCUCCCAGCACAGCAAUUUUAUGGAUCUGGUACAGUUCUUCGUGACUUUCUUCAGUUGUUUCCUCUCUUUGCUCCUGGUGGCUGCUGUGGUUUGGAAGAUCAAACAAAGUUGUUGGGCCUCCAGGCGUAGAGAGCAACUUCUUCGAGAGAUGCAGCAGAUGGCCAGUCGUCCCUUUGCCUCUGUAAAUGUUGCCUUGGAAACAGAUGAAGAGCCUCCUGAUCUUAUUGGGGGAAGUAUAAAGACGGUUCCUAAACCCAUAGCCCUGGAGCCAUGUUUUGGCAACAAAGCUGCUGUCCUCUCUGUGUUUGUGAGGCUCCCGCGAGGCCUUGGUGGAAUCCCUCCUCCCGGGCAGUCGGGUGAGUCUCGCAGUAGCCAGCGCCCUGGUGGACAUUUCUCAGCAGAUGCCAAUAGUGUACAAAGAGAAGUCCGGAGCGGUGAGGAACCGGAAGCAGCAGCCCCCUGCACAGCCUGGGACCUGCAUUUGAUGCUGGAGCCAGGACUGUCCGUGAGCAAGGGAGGUGCGGUGUGACAGCUGUCUGCAGGGAGGGAGCAGGCAGGGAGCGCGGUGCUGAGCGGAGCAGGACAGAAGACUGGAAACCCUCCGACUGGAAACAUCUGAUUCAUCUGCAUGUUCACAGGCUUUCUUUGACGGUUUCUCCCAUCUGUGCUCCAGCAUCUAACCUUUUACUUUCGCAUAGGAAAUAAUUGAUUUAACUACAGGUACAGGAGUAAUCCAGUUGUUGCUGGAGGAGGCCGGUGUGGAGCCAGUGAGAGAGCUAGGAAUGACACUCAGGUCACUUGUGGGAAACUGGUCUUGGGACUGUCUCAACUGUGCAAAAAAAACAAAGAUGUAGUGUUUACAAGUAGACAUUCGUCAUCAGUCAUUCUGGAACACGGUCUUUUAAAAAUUAGUCAGAUGAAUUAACUUGUUUUCAUCUGAAGCCUGCUAUCUUUUUUUAAAGAUGUGCUAUUUAUUCUUGCACGGUUUAGGCAGAUACCUCUCUUCCGGGGAGUAGCUUUUUUCUAGUUGAGAACUAGUAAUGGUCCAUCUCUUUUGAAUCAUAUCAAACUACGAUAGAAGGGGCUAUUUUAAAUGUCAAGGUCAACAGUGUUAAUUAAAUUGUAAACUGGUGUAAUGGGUAGUUUUUUAUAACAACUUGAUUAAUUUAGUCUUAAUCCAUUUGAAAUUCCUCUCUCUCUCUCAUUCUCUCUCUCACACACACACAUACACACACACAUACACACACACUAAGUGCCUAGACUUUAAAUAGAUCUAGCAAUUGGAAAGUUAGUAAGCCUCAGUUUUUACAUAAUUGCAUUCCUACAUUCUUAUAAAAUUUAAAUAGCUACCAUUGGCAAUCUGCUUCUUUUCUAAAAUGUAAUUUGCAGCCAGGAAAGAAUUCUCACCCCAAGCAACCUUUAACCCAGCAGCAAGGACUGAGAGGAAAGCAGAAAUGACCUAAUUGUAAAAGCUCCUGUUUGUAUUGUUGUCAGAAAGGACACUGAAUGGGCGUGGUCUCGGGUGCCUCCCUGCCCCCACCUCACUCACCUCGGUGUUUGCUUCAGCCCUUCUGGCCUCCUCCUGCCAGGGCACCACAGAGGAAGGGACACGCUCAUGUUACAUGUCUCCCUUGAGCAGAAAAGAGCAUGACAGAACAUGGGACCCCUGGAUCAAAGAGCAAGUUUUUGUUCCUGCUCUGAGCUGUGGCUCAUCCUCAGGCUGCAGGUGGAAUCGCACAUCAGGAAAGGGACAGCUCCCGUUGUCAGCAGAACCUGUCCAAAGCCUGGCGAAGGCCCUGGAGCUGUUGGCCCUCCUUCCCCUGGGAGGGGCUGAGCGUUUCUGUCCUCCUCCCCAGACCCAGGUGGUGGCUGUGGGAGGGCAGUGAACACUAUAAAGACGAAAAGCACAUGGAGAAAAUGGACAAGGAGGAAAACUAUGCCAAAAGGAAAGUGACCAAAUUUAAGCAGGGUGGGGCAGUCCCUACUUUUCUCCCAGGGCACUGCCUGGGCAUCGUGUUGUCCCAUCUAUGGUGCUCUGUAUUCUGGCAUUCUGCAGCAGCCUCCCAAGACCUCUCUUCUGCUUCAAAACCUGGGGUUCUAUGGCAUUACCCUAUCAGAAUGGACCUCUAGACAACAAUGGUUUGUGUCUGCACUUUGUGAAUUUAGAGAAAUUCUCACAAGAGUAAAAACUGCAGCCUUUUACUUUUAAAUUCAGUGUCUAGAGAGGGAGUCUUAUCUCUUCCCCAACACCAAGCCCACUCCCAUGAAGAAUUGCCUGGAAGGAUGUUUUCAAGGAAGUUGAAAACAGUCUGGUGCACAAAACACUUCCACUUUGAGACUCACUCUCAAAAAGCUGUGUUUUCACAUCACUGUUAAAGAGCAGAUGGUUCUAAAAAAGACCUCUAUGAGCUCCCACAUUCCUACUCCAGAUCGUAGCACCCACAGAGAGCUUGCCAUGGACUGGCCCUUCAACUCUAAUUCCCGUGAGGCCUCUUGGCAAAAAGGGAGGCCGCUGGUGAAGGCCCUCCCAUGAGGGAUAUCCUUGUUUGUUCAAAGAACCGUGUUCCCGUGGCCAAGGAAGGCUCUUCCCCACGGUAGUCCAAUGCCUUGAAAUAACAUGCACCGUGUCUCAUAGCCACCUGGUUAUCUUUUUUCCCUCUAAAAUUUAGAUAUUGUUUAUUUUUAAAGAGGAAGGAAGAAGCAAGUGAAGUUUAAUUCUGCUCCAACAGUGCAGAAACAGCUGAAUCCAUCUGCUUCUCCCUUGCAGCCAAUAGCAAACAGCUUCCUCCAGGCUCAGGCCAGAGGAAGAGAGUGGCAGGAGAAAGAGGCACUCAACUUAGAGCCAGUUACCAAGAGGAACUUCAGAGAAAUGUCUUCAUUGUCACGGGAGCCUGUAUAUAAAUUAAAAUAGUCCUGAAACAUUGAUAUUGCACUUGUACAUAACUAUACAGUAGUGUCCAGAAUGUUCAGACAUUCAGAGUGUACAUAAAAAUAUCUAAAUGUAUUUUUAUUAAAUGUAGCAGUGUCUGAGUUACCCCUAAUAUGUUUUUGUGCCAUAUACUGAAUAUUCAAGUUCAGAGAAGUCCUCUUGUUAGGCCCUGAUACAUUGAUAACAGCCAAGAAGGGCGUCCCCAUCGUGCCAAUGUGUUCAAAUGCAUCUGGUACCAAUUGGCUAACUUAAAACCCAAAUUGUCUGUCAGUACACAUAUGAGAAUUUGGCAAUGAAUCCAUUUAAACCAGUGUCAGGAGACUCGAAGACGGCAGGAAUCUCUCUGUAGCUGUUGGCUCUGCAAGUGCGUCGUGAAUGUGUCAGCCCCUGGGUGCUGUGGGUGGCCAGGGACGACCAACCUGGUCCUGAGAAGUGUUUCUCGGAGUCUUUAAGUUCAAAGACUAUCCCUGUAGAAAGCAGAUUUUCCAAAAAGGAUUUUCCAGGCUGUGUUUUCUUGUGAUUUUUGUCUAAAUUUUUAAUGAUCAUGUCCCAAGACCAUAUUUUACUAUAUUGGAAACGGGGGGUAGCAGUGGGGUGGCUAGUUUGCCGAUAACUGGCUCCUGUUUCCCUUUGGAGAACCGCACACAGCCUGGCCUCCUCUCCAUCUCCUGCUCCCUUACUACACAGCGGGGAGAAGUCUUUUCGGAUCACCUCCAAAAAGUGGGAGGGCGUGUGGAGAGAAGACAACUCAUACUCCCCUGAGCUAACUAACAUGGAGGAAAAGCAGCCCUGGACAGAAGAGUGGCAGCAAGAGGAAAACAUGGGAAUAUCUGGAUGAGGCCUGAGGUGCAAGAUUAGAGAUGCACCCAGAGAUCUGGGGCAAAUGAAAAGACCACAGCACUAAGAGAAAAAGACAUUUUACCUUUUGGUGCAAGUCUUACUUGAUCAUCUUAAUGGAAUGUAUCUGGGGAGGGGGUGGGAGUGAGUCACUGCCUUGUUGUGAACUCCUUUGGUCCUUCAGUUUCAUUCAUUCAUCCAUUCAUGCCGUACUCACUAAGCACUUACUAACAACCCAAACUAACACUAGGGCCGUGACCGAGAUGAAAACGAAGCUCUGCAGAAUUACAACAGAAUCCAACUCCCAAACCCAUCAUCCCAGGAGACUGUGGUGGUUUCUGUGAGACGUGGCCAUCCUGAGGACAGACCCACGAAGGCAGAGAGUCUGUCCUCGGGCCCUGCACCUGCUCUCAGUCUGAAAAGUGUUUACCCAAUUUACCAAACUCCACUCAAACCAUAAAAAUCACCUGAUGGUUUGUAGAUAGCCAGGCCCGCCAAGAGACAUUUCCCCUGAGUUGUUCAAACUAAUAAACACCCUGGCCUGCAGGGAAGUGAUUUGGAGUGGAGAGGAAAGCUGGCGCCUUCUCUUUUAAAGGCAAUAAUGGAAUCGACUUUCAGUAACUGAAUUUGUGCACAAAACACACUAAACACUAGUGAAGCCUGUUUCGUUGAACUAAUUCUGGCUCUGGAAAUGUUUUGUUCUAUAGUUAUUUGCGGUUUUUUGUUUGUUUGUUUGGAUUCAAGCUUAGUUUGUUAAUAUGUAUAAUUUAGCAUCUAUUGCACUCAUGUAAAUACGGAGUAAGUAUUGUAAACUAUUUCAUUGCUGGGGAUUGUGGGUGUUAUACAUACAUUUAGGACUGCAAUUUUUUGGUAUUUUUUGUAUUGUAAAAUAACAGCUAAUUUAAGCAGGAACAAGAGAAUUAAGGGAGGUCUGUGCAUUUUAAACACAAAUGUGAAGAACUUGUAUAUAAACAAAAGUAAAUACUAUACCACAAACUUCCUUCUGAAAUAAAAGUAGGUCUGGUAAAAA